CACUGAAAGCAAUCACUUCGCUUCUAAAAUAACCUAAAAUGUUAUUUAAAAUAACGUUCAAGUUUAAAUCAAUUCAAACUUAAUUAUCACAUGCUUAAGGGUACAUGUUAAUUAUAUUUUUUUAUAAACUAUGUCGAAAUCAGAAUUACUUUCAAAUGAUCAAGAAAAUCUCGAAGAGUUAUACCCAUUAUUUCUUGAAUUGAGUGAACAACGCAACAAAUUACAAGUCAAGAAAAUAACUCCUCCGGAACUUAGACAAUCUCGACAAUUGUAUGAAUGUGUCCAUAAAACUGUUUGUGAAGCAAAGCAAACAUACCUCAAACUGAGCAAUGACCUUGAAGAUCUAGCAAGUGUUGAUGCCAAUAAUACACUUUUAAUAGGUUGUCAAAGUGGUCCCUACCUAGUUGAAAUUAAACAAGCUACGGAGGAUAUAGCUAAGGAAUUAAGUAAUGGAUUAAAGGAACCAGAGUAUGAAUCAGAGUGUGAUGUUUUGGAGGGUUAUUUUACUUUAAGGGAGGAAACAGAUCAGUUUCUGAAAAAUUUGGAAUACAUAAAAAAAUUUCUUCGGAAGCUCAAAACAGAUGAUUCAUCUACCAUAGAGCCACCAGAUUUUUUUGAGAAGGCUUUUGCUUCAUCACCUAAUCCAGAAAAUGAAACUAAUUAAGUUAUGAGUUAUUUAUAAGAGGUGUAAUGGAAUGACAUUGUAGUAUUUCAAAUUUAACAUUUCUAAGCAAAGUUAAUA